AUGCUUGCCUACGCUACCCUCGCGUUCGCUGCCACCACUCUCCUCGGCCUCACCACCGCCGCACCUAACUCCAUCCCUCCCACCGGUGUCGUCCACCGCAUCACAGCCGGCUCCACCGUCGAAAACAACGGUCUCCACUUCGAGCCGCAAAAUGUCGUCGCCGAAGUCGGCGACCUCAUCGAAUUCCAUUUCCUCCCCAAGAAUCAUACUAUUGUGCAAUCUACCUUUGACAAGCCCUGCGAGCCCCUGGCCGACGGCCCUGGCAUCUUCUCCGGCUUCAACUUCGCGACCCCGAGCGGCGAGGCCGAAAAAGCCUUCACCUUCUUGGUCCAGAGCAAGGAGCCUUUCUGGUACUACUGUUCGCAGACGGUUGGAGAUCACUGCCAGAAGGGUAUGAGUGGCGUUAUCAACCAGAAUUUCGACGGCGAGAAGACGCUCGCGGCGUAUAAGGAGAAGGCCAAGAGUGCGGUUACGAAGCAGCCGAGUAAGGAUAAGCUAGAGUUCAGAGGUGGGGAGAUUGUUAAGAACGUGCCUUUGUAA